AUGGAGAAUAAGCAACCAACACAUGCUUCUUCCUCUUAUUCUGCUUCUGAAGAAUGUGGCAGUUUCUUGCACAAGUCACCUGAAAUCGCAACUCCUGUCACAACUUCUCCAACUCAUCGAAUGGCUGAACAAGGAUUGGAAGGGAACCAACCAGUUGACCUUCAUUUGUUUGUUCGUUUCAGGAACAUUGUUUCAACUGUGAACCUAGAUUGUAAGCUCGACCUCAAAGCUAUUGCUUUGCANGCUCGCAAUGCUGAGUAUAACCCAAAGGAGGCACUGGAUACAUAUAUGAAACUUUCACAUAAACAUUAUAAUACAGGAUGGGUUCUUUCCCAGGUCGGGAAAGCAUACUUAGAAUUGAUAGACUAUUUAGAAGCUGAAAAAGCAUUNCGGCUUGCCCGCCAGGCUUCUCCUAAAAUAAGCAUGUAUCAUUUGAAGGAAGAUAUGAAGCUGAGUUACAUGGCUCAGGAACUAAUAUCAACUGACCACCUAGCUCCUCAAUCUUGCUUGCAAAAAGACCACGAAANAGCAUUAAAGAAUUCCUGCGAGCUGUUCAACUGCAUCCAAGAUUUGCAUAUGCACAUACCCUAUGUGGCCACGAAUACACAACUCUAG